CAUCGGUCUCUUCCCCUUACUCUUCUUGUUGGAACUGGAGCUGGAAGAGUGCAGACUGGAGGGUGAUGGAACCAUCUAGCCCCUAACCAUGGGCCCCAAAGAGAUGACAAGAGAGACUGCUACUGUGUUUAUCCAGGCCUGGUGGCGGGGCACUCUGCUGCGGCGGACACUGCUGCACGCAGCCCUCAGGGUUUGGAUCAUUCAGUGCUGGUGGAGGCAGCUAAGAGCAAGGCAGCUGGAGAAGAGGCGGUGGAUGGCGCUGGAGUUCUACGCACGCAGAGAAUGGGCAGCCGUCAAGCUGCAGUCCUGGAUCCGCAUGUGGCGCAUCCGCCUGCCAUACUGUCGCUUGUUAAACGCUGUCCGCAUCAUUCAGGUCUACUGGCGCUGGCACAAUUGCCAUUCACGUGGCUUUAUUCAGGGCGAGUACGAACUCAAAGAAAGCCAAUUGAAUAUUCAGCUAGAAAUCUCUCUGGGCUCACAGGCUUGUAAGGUGCACCAAUGUAUACCCCUUCCAUUAAAAGAAUGA